AUGUCCACCGCCGCCCAUGCACGGUCGACGACGUCGUCGGUGCUCGUGGGAAGGUCCACAAUGUUAAACCCGCUCUCAUUUCCGCCGAACGGGGCGGAGAUUCUCCUCCAUUCGCUUGAAAUGCAGCGAAGGGCGGUGUUGGCGUUUGACCUGCGCGACGCCGAGGACGAGGAGAGGAUUCAACAAAAGAAGGGGCGACAACAACUGCUUCGCGCCCAAAUCGAGCGGCGACACGCAAUGGAAUUGCUGGACAACCAGGCCUCAGAGAUCACACAGAAGCUCCUGGCGCAACUUGCCGUUAUUAUUCGUGAGCGUCAUACAACAUUGCGACCCGAGGGAUACCAAACAAUUGUCUUUGAUAAUGGUGACACAUACGAGGGUAAUUGGAAGGGUGGUCGCAUGCACGGCACGGGAUAUCUGAAACGGGUGAUGUCUAAUGACCUCUACGAAGGCGAAUGGUUUCUUGGUCUGCGCAAUGGCACCGGUUCAUGCCACAGUCCUGAUUUUGGCACCUUCUACAGCGGUAAGUGGCAAGAUGGUAAAUGGCACGGUCGUGGAGAGCUGAUAGAGCCGGAGGGAAUUUACACGGGCGAGUUUUUGGAUGGACUUCUGCAGGGUUUUGGUGAGUACGUGUACAAUGACGGACACGUGUACAAGGGUGAAUGGGUGAAUGGUGUGUACAACGGCACAGGGGCCUACCUCCUUCCAAACGGUGGCAAGUACGAGGGACAGUGGGUGAAUGGUUGUGAACACGGGCGUGGGACCAUGACCUAUUUCAAUGGUGACACCUAUACAGGAGAAUGGCGGAACGGGCACAAACACGGCACUGGAACGUACACAAGUGCGUCUUUGCAGUAUGAGGGUGAGUGGUGCUUUGGAGCUAUUCAGGGUCACGGGCAGUGCAAGUACGCGGAUGGCUCUACCUACGAGGGUGAGUGGCGCAAAGGCACGUAUCAUGGUAAAGGACAGUUCAUUAGUCCUACAACUAGGCAAAGUUAUGCUGGCGAGUUCCGCCACGGCAAGCGUUGCGGCCACGGCGUUUACCGCUCUGAUGAGGUGGUCUACACAGGAGAUUGGCUCAACGACAAGAAACACGGCAGUGGGGAACUCAAAGUCUGCGGUGGGGGCACACUUUGUGGGACAUGGCGUGAGGAUUUGCCUCACGGCGAGGGGGUCUACACCGUAGGUGCUGAAAGGGUGUACGUGCUUUACGAGUCCGGCUACUGUGUUCGCUCCUCCCCGCAAGGCCUCUACCAACGGAUGAAUUUGCGUCUGUUGCUCUCGGACGACGACUGA